UUUGAAAUAUAACGUUUGUUGUUCACAAGUUGUUCACGCAAUAAAAAUAUAAAAAAGUGGAUUAUUUACAUUUAAGGCUAGAUAAAACGAUUUGCAAGCAACAAUGAACCAAUUAAAUGAAAUAACUGAUAAUGCUUUUAUUCCGUUCUUACACAGUUUAGGUGUAGAGACGUAUAAGAAAUCCUUUGAAUGGAUGUUGAACGAUCCUGAUUUUUCUGACGUUUUGAGGUGGAUGUAUAAGAAUUUAGAUGCAAAUAAUGCACUAAGUGCCCGUGAAGAAUGCAGAUAUUUAGAACUCGAAAGAAACGGUAUGCUUAUGCCCAUAGAAGAAUUAGAGAAAACAGUAAUAGAAAUUCAGCAGGAAUAUGAAGGAAUUUGCUUACCAGGGAAUUUGGAUGUUAUUGAAGACACUCAGUUGGAUAUAAAAAUGCAAAAAGAACGAUUGGAUUUAUUGGAGAAACAGGAAGAAGCAAUUAAAGAUAUGAUUAGGCACAAUGAGUCCACAAAAGAGUCUUUACACAAGGACACAACAAAACUGCGAGCGGCUGAACAGCAAUGCUCUGAAGAUGGAGCCACCCUGGCGCAGGACUGCCUGCGACUUGCUGAGGAAGUGGAGAGCAUUACAAGUGAAGUCAUGGAUACCGUCAGAGAAGCGCUGGAUGUGUAUGGCAAUUGUUAUGAGGAUAAGGAAAUAUCUAAAAGAUUCCUUGCAUAUGGUCCCUUCGAACCUUACCGUCAAUCACAAGCACUGUUUAGGUCACAUUUUGAUCUAUAUGUCACUAAAAAACUGAAACGUAGUGAUAUUAUAAAGGAGGAAGAUUUACGCUCGGCUCAUUUUCUUGAGGCUAAGAAUAUGGAGAAUAGGUUAUUAGAUGCUAUAUUAGCGUAUGUGGAAACAAAAGCGGAGUUAUGUGGAGAACAAGCGAAAUUAGCCCUUGUUGCUAAUUACAAUAAUGUCCAUCCCAGUCAAAUUACAGUAUACGCAAUGGAAGCACAAAGCGCAAUAGAUUUGCUUGAACAAGAAGAAUCAAUUUUGGACCAGCAGUUGCAGGACGCGGCCAAACAGCUGGUGGACAGACGGACAAACUUAGCCGAUGAGACCACCGCUAAAUCUGCGUUGGCUGUUAGAUUACAAAUCCAGUCAGAUCUAAAGUACCUCCACACUAUAACGCAGCAAGCGCUAUCACUAGAUAGACUCUUAUACUGUGCGUUGCGAAGGGAACUCGGUUCUAUAGAGGAGUUGCUGCACUUUGCCGCUCAUCUCAGAUGCUUUGUGAUGCAGGAGGAGGAUGCUGUGAUUAGCAGGAUUCAAUCAAUGAACGACAUUUGUACAGAGCAAGAACAAACAGACAGACAAAUAGCGUUAUCGGAUACACUCUUAAACUCUCUAUGUUCAAUACUAGGAGUUGAGAAAGAUGCAGCCGUUUUGGUUAAAGCUUAUUGUGAUUUGAAGAAAAGUGUAUAUGAGAUUAAUGAUAAUAUUAUAGAUGCUUUGGUGAGGAAGGAAAGUGAUUUACAGCACUUCAAGAAGCAACAAGCAACACUAAGCCGCUACAUAUGGGACGGUUGCAGCAAGCAAGCGAACAGCUGCAACACGCAUGUCGCUAGUAUGGUGCACGCUUUGGUGCAAGAGUUGGUGCAAGUGGACACUAAUGUUGUAGCGACUAGUGGACAGUUUAUUUCUGUUAAGAACGGGGAUAAGCAUAAUCUUCGGAAACUGUGGCAAUGGUUCCUGACCGAUCCGGCUAAACUGAUGGCAGCUAUGAGAAAUGUUAGGAGUUACAAGUGAACUAAGAUACUUUUGUAGUUAUUUC